GACCAGUCAAAUCCAUGUUCUUCCACUCCAAAGUGCGUACCCCAAAUCCGUUACAUAAAACCUCUUCGCCUUCUCCCAAACCGUCACAAAUCACAAUCAAACCCUACAAUUUCAAAUACCCCAUUUCCGAUUAAUCAUCUUCAUUUCAUUCAUUACCCUUUCUCAAUCCAAAACAAUGAAGUGCUCCAACAGUCUCGUAGGACUCCUUAACGCGAUUACAUUUCUCCUCUCAAUCCCCAUCCUCGGCGGCGGAAUAUGGCUUGCGCACAAAGCCACAACCGAUUGCGAGAAAUACUUAGAGAAACCUGUGAUUGCACUCGGAGUUUUUCUCAUGUUGGUUUCACUUGCUGGCUUAAUCGGUGCAUGUUGUCGUGUUAAUUGGCUUCUUUGGGUUUACCUUUUGGUCAUGUUUUUGCUUAUUGUUAUUCUCUUUUGUUUUACUAUCUUUGCUUUUGUUGUUACUAAUAAAGGGGCUGGUGAUGUUGUGAGUAAUCGAGGGUAUAAAGAGUAUAAACUUGGUGAUUACUCUAAUUGGUUGCAAAAUAGAGUUGAUAAUUCUAAGAAUUGGAGACGUAUUAGAAGUUGUUUGAUUGAUGGUAAAAUUUGUCAGAAACUUGCUGCAACUAAUUCUCCUCAAUCCGAAUUCUUUUCCAAACAUUUGUCUCCUAUUGAGUCUGGUUGCUGUAAACCCCCAACAAGCUGUGGAUUCACAUUUGUAAGCCCAACAAACUGGACCAAGGCGGGAACCCCAGCCGAUUCAGACUGCAAUGCUUGGGACAACAACCCGAAUACCCUCUGCUAUGAUUGCAGUUCAUGCAAAGCUGGGUUUUUGCAGAAUCUCAAGGGUGACUGGAAGAAAGUUGCUGUUAUCAACAUCGUUUUCCUCGUCUUUCUGAUCAUCGUGUACUCAAUUGGUUGCUGUGCUUUCCGUAAUAACAGAUGGGACAAUGGUAAUCAAUAUAAGCCCUAUCGUUGAUGGAUCUUUAGAUGACUCGUAUAAUACUUUAGAUUCCUAGGUAUGUCUAGUUUGAUACACAUACACUAGUAAGUAAGUACAUUGGAGUUUCUGGUUUAUUGUUUUAUAUGUUUGUCAUGCUUUGCUCUGUAUAUUUGACCUUUGUCAUUAGCAUGACAGAGAAUGGCAUUUGGAUAUUAUAUUUAUAAUUGUUUGUUUAAUUUCAUUUUUUGUUUACUUUUUUGAAAACGUUUUUAUUACCGGUAUUUUCUUUGUCCUUUUGAGUUUGCACCAUAAAAUUAAAAAAACUCUUACGGCCCGUUUGGUUAGUGGUACUAAAUAGUGGUAAUGAGAAUGAUUUAUAGUGUAAAAUUUUAUCAAAAGUUAGUGUAAAAUUUUAUCAAAAGUUAUAUGUUAUUUCCAUGGUAAUCAAACUUAAAGAUUUUGUUUACAAAUUUCUAUUACCUUCUAAUACCACCCCUCCCAAUGGUAAUGCAUUGAAAUGAAUAUGAAGAAAAUGAGAUGAUUGAAGUUGGACUAAUAUGAUCAUCAAGGUAGCAUAGAGAUUUUUCAAUCAAAAUUACAUUAGUUUUUCAUUCUCAUUACCACCGUUUAUUACAAUUUUGCGCACUUUUGUCAAUUCCAGUUUCUAGCUAGCUAGAUUGUUGUAUACUCUGCCUUCGGAAAAUUGUUAUGCUUUCUUUUUUCUUGGUUGGUUCAAUCGGCGAAGAAUGGAAGUAGUUUAUCUGAAUCAGAGCACGAUA